AUCUAUAAAAUAUUGAUCUAGAAUACAUCUAACUAUUCUAACAUUCUAACUUGGUUGAUUAUUUAAUUAGACGUCUAGAUCUAGAUCUAUAUAAGUUAAAGAUAGUUUACUUCCUAGUCCAAACCUCCCGCAGGAUGACGGGGGAUGGGAGCGGGCAGGGUUUGAACCCUCGACUGUCAAUAAAUCUGAACGACAGUCCAGCGCGCAAACCGCACAGUGACAGUCCUCAUAUAAUCUUUUCUGGAUUACAUAUUAGACAGUAAUCCAGCCAUUAUUGAGAUAAUCAUAAAAAAGGAGAAACAAGAAAAAAGAAUCAAGUAACAAUGUACAUAUAAAAAAAUGGAGAAUCCAGAAGCAUUAUUGGAUUUUUUAACCAUCAGGUCAUGGAAAGAACGUUACCACACAGACUCAGAGACUGACGAGUCUAUCAAAACAUUGCUGACUAAUAAUGAAGAGGACUUGGAAUCUUUUGUUAGAGACUUUACUAUUGAUGACUCCAUCUCUGAUUGUUUUGCUGAGGAUUUGGAUGACAAAAACUCAACUGUUUUUAAGGCAUCAGAUCCACCUGACCUUGAUUUCAUGUACAGUAGAACAUUUCACAGCCCAGGCACAACACCACGAAACUUUCAUAAUCCUGCUGGUUCUAGUCACCCACAGAGAUUCUUGACUUUUGAUGAAAGGAGGAACACGUUUCCUGCUUUUCAAAAAACAAAAGACAGUCAACCAUGUGAAAUUACAAUACCCUCACAAGACACACUCUGCUUUCCAGUGGAUCAACUGAAUCAAAGUUCUCACACUGUUAGGAGAGGACAGAACAAUCCAGGAACUUUAGAAAUUUGUUCAACUCUUCAGCCGUCACAGAAUUUAGAUAAUAAGCGUGACUCUGAAACAUGUUUUAUUCCUGCUGUGCCUUUCAGCUCUAAAAUCACAGAGACUGGGACGAAACUGGAUAAAGUCUCAAAUCUCUGCAAGCAAUCCAAGUUUGGCUUAAAGCAGGUCUGGAGCAAUACUCUGAAAAAGUGCAUUACAAAAACUGAUUCUAUUCAAAAUGAUGACAAUGACGACAGUCUCUUUGUUAAUGUCAAACGAUUCAAAACUGAAAACAAUCAUGUUGGGCCUAGUAAUAUUCCCCCUGCAUUGACCUCAGAACAUAUACAAGAUUUUGAUGAUCUCUGUCCAGUUAAAGUGUGCACACAGCUUCAAGGUAAAUCUGAGCCACACUUGAGUAACUCAAAAGCUUGUAUCAUAGAUAAUAGUGAUCAGAAGGUUUUCAAUAGACCAAGUGAGCUAUUUCUUCACAGUAAAUCUGCAGAGGUUAUCAGUGACCAUUUGCCUAAUGCAGCUCCACAAGAUACUAGAGCUAAACAGACAGUUUCCAGUGAGCAUGCCCAACAAAAUAUCACCCCCAUACAUUGUUCUGAUUUGAGAAGAAAUGAACUAGAAAAGAAUCCACAUAAAUUAUCUUAUUUGACGAAGAGUGAUAAUGUGGCAGAGGUGUCUAAUAAUAUAGGAUCAGGUAUCACUGAUAAUGGGGAAACAAUUAUUAAAAAUAAAACCAUGGAUGGCACCAGUAUCAGUCCUGACAUGAAGAUUGGUCUUCUGGAUAAAAUAAACCAGGCACUUUUCCAGAGAACCUUAGUAACACUACUGAAGCAGUCAAGAUGCACCAGUCUGCUGGCAGAUAUUCUUGAAACAUUAGUAAAUGGCAAAGUGCUUGAAACCUUGUGUGCAGCUGUGGAUCAGUUGAAGCAGUUGUUGUACAUUUCAAAUUUGCCUCAAGAUGUCAGCAGACUGCUGAAAUUAAUUCACAAAAAUUUGGAAAACACCUUCAGCCAGUUGUCACAUCUCAAAGCCACAGUGGAAAAACUAAAUAUUGAAAUGCCACUCACUCUAAUGCCUUCAGAUGAACAAAAUCGAGAUCAUGAAUUUCAGUCCAGAACACUAUUGGCAGACACUUACAAUAUCAUCAAGAAGCAUCCUCCAGAUUUGAACGACAAAAUUCAAGACUUGAUCUCAUUUCAUUUGAAGUCCAAGCUUCUCACUCUGACUUCUGGUCAGGUAUCCCAAUUGGAAUCUUUUACUCCAGUGACGCUGGAAACUUUGAAUCCUCACAAUCAACCAAUAAGUAAGGAACAUAAUUUCAGGAUGGUGCUAAAUUCUAAGGAAAACUACUCUCAUCACAACACAUCAAACUUCAAGGGAGAAAGCUUGCAAAGCUCAUCUCAAGAUGCACAGUGUAGGGUGGUUGAAGAUAAGCCUCUGGCCAUUCAAAACAGAAAUAUACAACUACACCAAAAUAGUGAAAUUAGGUAUCCAUGUUUAAAUGUAUCGGAUUACUCAUCUGAAAAGAUGACGCCUCAUGAAUCUGGACAUCUUUCUGCACCUGAACACCUCCAUUAUAAGUCUGCAAGAUCACAUGACUGCAAAUGUCAUCAGUCCAGCAGGCAUGGGCACAAGUGCCAAGAGAAGAGACCAGAUCACUGUAAACACAGGCAUAGAGAUACUCGACGGUGCAGAAGGAAAAAAAGAUCAGUUAGCGACACCAGACAUACCAGGAGACGGCACACAAUCAGCUCUUUUACCACAAGUUCAGCCUACACACCGUCCACUACCAUUUCAGCACAGAGUACUGACCGUCACAGGAGACGCAGGGGAAGCCACACAUUCAGAUCAAGUAGCUCAUCCAAAUCAUCCAGGCUACGCAGCAAUGACUAUGAUGAUUAUUGGAGUGACAAUGAGAGUGAUGAUGAUGAUGACGACGAUGAAAGCUUUGCCCCAUUGGUUCGGUUGAAUUUGGACAAUGAAGAUUUACCAGACGAGGCACUGAGAAUAGACAGGCUCCACAGACAUCUUGAGUCUGUCCAGAAACUGCAUCAGAACAGUGAGGACAUCAUAGAGACCAUCAUCACUGGGACUGGGGAGAAACUGGUUCCGCAUGAUCGCUUUGCGUCUGGCACAUCAUACACAAGGACGCUCCCUUUGGGACACAAAGAGUCCAGUGACUCCUGGUUGGUAGCUGAUCAAGCAGAGCAUUCCAAUUCUUCCACAAAGGCAAAAAGUGAGGGUCUUAAAUCCUCAAAGCUGAAAGUGUUUAAGCCUAGAGGACUAUCUGCAGCACAACUUUUCAACCAUGAGAAGGCAUUAUUGAAGAAUAUGAGAGAAUUGACUGACAGUGAGUUUGAAGAGACAUUUGAAAGGAGGCAUGACAUCAAUGUCAAAAGAAGACAACAAAUGGAUUCUGAAAUCCCUUGGGAUCAACUCAGUUUUUCAGAAUCUGAGUCAGAUGAUCAAAUUGUGAAGUGAUUGGUGCUGUCUUUAAUGAAAUCCAGAUCCAAUAUUUCUAUUCCUACUAAAUUUUAAUGUAUAACUUUUUAGCUCUAUUAUAAUUGCCAUGUUAAUUGUAGGCCUAUUACUGGUAGGCUGACUAUGUUUGUUAUUGAACCAAUCCCCCCCCCCUCCCCCCGUACUUAUACUUAAAUAAAUAUUCAUGCAGAGACUACUGCAAACUAUUGUGAUACAAAUCUGAUCAAAUUCAGAAUUAUUUUUCUUUACACUUUUUUUUUAAAGAUUGUCAUUUUUGACAAAUAUUUGUUUUAUAUUUUUAUAUUCCUAAUAUAAAUAUAUACAUGCUAUAUUUUAUUUUGUACCUGUACUUUCAAUGGGAGUUGGGUUUUUUCCUACUUACUUAGAGCCUGUCAUCCCUGAUGGCCUACAGGUCACUUAACAACAGAUCUCCAUAAUCCCAUGUUGUGGGCCAUCCUUUCCAUCUUAUUACAUAUGUAAUCAAGCAUUAUGGUGUUUGCAUCUAGGUUAAGUCGCCCAGUCGCUUCUUAGACAUUCCCUAUCUCUUUCUUUUCCCUUGUGCGUUUUAUUGCUUGCCAGAGAUGCCACUAUUUGUGCAAAGUGUCCAAUCUAGCCUUAUCUUCUCUUUCUGAUUUCUUCAGAUGUAAAGCAUUCCAUGAAGGUAGCUGUUAAUACAAACUUAUAUUUUUCUUCUGCUAGUUUUAGUUGUCUUCCAGUUCUGGGCUCUACAUUGCAACACAGCUUUACCAUUUUCCUUUUGAGUCGAAGGAAAUUUUAUUUUGAAAUUCAGAUAUUGAGCUGUAUGAAGGCAUUUUGUUUUGCCUAUCCUUGCUCUGAUAUCAGCAUUCUGUCUAUGAUGCUACACUGUAAGGACUCUAUGGUACAUUCCUCCAAAAGAAUAGGUUCUGUAUUGGUAGAGUUAAUUUCUUUGAUUAUAGAAAAUUUUGAGUCUUUUUAAUUUUUAAAGCAACUUAUGAAACCAUGGAUCUCAAUAAAUUUUUCAUUGUUUGUGAAUGAAUAUCCCAAUAAUAGUUUGCCAUUUCUAUAGCCAGGUUGAUAUACAUUUUGAAUCUUAUUACUCAAUAUAUAUUUAUAGUGCUCCAGUAACUGCUAAUGGUAAUUAUUAUAGUUCAAAUAUUUAUAUUUGUAAUGCUUAUACUCCUUUAUAUAUUAGCAACAUUUUUUGCAUAGUCAUAUGAAACACUGCACUCAUACUUAAUCUUCUGCAUUGAAGACAUUGCCAUUAUUAUUAUCAACAUUAUAGUAAUUGCACAAGUUUGAAUAUUUAUGUAGUGUGAAAACCUUUGACGCAGAUACUGUCUAAGACUAUGUUGUUGUUUUUUACAAUUUGGCAUUGCAUUCCCUUAUUUGAUAAAUAUUUUGUGAUAUACCGGGUAAUAAAACAAAUUUUUAAAUUUAUAAAAUAAAACCUAAA